UCUCCCUCACACCACUCACACGACGGGCUCAUUUCGCCCGCUUUCCAUUGCGAGCAGUCGCACUUUUAGUUUUUUACCAAACAAACAAAACAACGGAACCACGGACCCUUUUGGAUAAAACACACACACAGCAACAACAACAACACAAGGGCCAAGCUUGUCACGUGUGCGAGAUGGUGAGAUCGAGGAUUCGGAGGAAGUCAUCUCGAAGGCGCAUCACCUGGCUCUUCACGAGAGGCACCACCUCAAGCUCCGCCCGCAGCAUCAGCAGCAGCAUCAGCAGCAACGGCGACGAAUCGGCCUCGGCACAGAACCCCCAGAACGCCGCGCGGCUGUAGCCGUAACGGUUCCAACAUCGUCCCCCCACCCCCAUUCGCCCCCUCCCCCCAUUUCUCCCCAGCAGCGACGCCUCAAGCAUGUCCCUGUUCUGCCGACGAUCCGUGGAGGAGUACCAGGUGGUGUCUAGCGUGGUGAGCGGGCCCGGGGGCUUCGGAGGCCGAGGAGGUCGCGGCACGGACUGCAAGAAGAAGAAAAAGCGGCAGCGAUUCGUCGCCAAGAACGGCCGUUGCAACGUGCAGCACGGCAACGUGAGUGGCGAGACGGGCCGAUACAUCUCCGACAUCUUCACCACGCUCGUCGACCUCAAGUGGCGCUGGAACCUGCUCAUCUUCAUCCUCACCUACACCGUGGCGUGGCUCGUGAUGGCCGGAUUUUGGUGGCUCAUCGCCUACAUACGCGGAGACAUGGACAUCGCGCGCGACGCGGAUUACACGCCGUGCGUCGCCAACGUCUACAACUUCCCGUCGGCGUUCCUCUUCUUCAUCGAGACGGAGGCGACCAUCGGCUACGGCCACCGCUACAUCACGGAGCGGUGCCCCGAGGGCAUCCUCCUCUUCCUCUUCCAGUCGCUGCUCGGCUCCAUCGUGGACGCCUUCCUCGUGGGCUGCAUGUUCAUCAAGAUGUCGCAGCCCAAGAAGCGCGCCGAGACGCUCAUGUUCAGCGAGAGCGCGGUCAUCUCGAUGCGCGACGGGAGACUCUGCCUCAUGUUCCGCGUCGGGAACCUGCGCAACAGCCACAUGGUGUCGGCGCAGAUCCGCUGCAAGCUGCUCAGGUCGCGGCAGACGCCGGAGGGCGAGUUCCUGCCACUGGAUCAGCUGGAGCUGGACGUGGGAUUCGGCACGGGCGCCGAUCAGCUGUUUCUGGUGUCGCCCCUCACCAUCUGCCACAUCAUCGACACCAACAGCCCCUUCUACGAGCUCUCCUAUCGCUCCAUGCAGACGGAGCAAUUCGAGAUCGUCGUCAUCCUCGAGGGCAUCGUCGAGACGACCGGCAUGACGUGCCAGGCGCGCACCUCCUACACGGAGGACGAGGUGCUCUGGGGCCACCGCUUCCUGCCCGUCAUGUCGCUCGAGGACGGCUUCUUCCGCGUCGACUACUCGCAGUUCCACAGCACCUUCGAGGUGCCCACGGCGCCGCAGAGCAUCAAGGAGCAGGAGGAGGCCACCUCGCUGCUGCAGUCGCCGCUGUCGCCGCAGCGCGCCCUGCUCGCCGAGAACCGCAGGAAAGACUCGGGCGGCUUGGACUGCCAGGACGGCGGCCCCGGCGAGGCGGCGGCCCCCGCGGCCGCGGCGCGUCUGCCGUCCAAGCUGCAGAGGAUGAGCGCGGGGGGCGGCGACGUCCAGAGCAGGCGGCUGCUGCGCAUGAGCUCCACCAUCAGCGAGACGGUGUCGAGCGCCGGCAUCGGCUUCGGCAUGGGCAGCGACAGCAUGGGCGAGAUCCCGCUCAAGAUGAAGCGCAUGGGCUCGGAGCCCGAGGAGCGCUUCCCGCUCAGGACCUUCAAGAUGAACUCGGACGCGGGCGUGCAGAGGAGCCCGGCGGUGGGCGGCAGGUCCGAGUUGCCGGCCAAGCUGCAGCGGAUGAACACGUGCAUCAGUUUCCGAGCUCCCGAGGAGAUCCUGCCGGCCAAGCUGCGCAAGAUGAACGGAUAGGCGCUGGCGCGGGCACGGGAAGGCGGGGGUGUGGGGGGGUGGCAGUGGCUGUGGUCCUGCUGCUGCUUUGUGAACCCGCGUCAGCGUGAAUCGCGUGAGCGCCAGCGGUAUCGCCACGGGCGGACGCAGAUGGAGCGCACGGGGCGGACAGCAGGAGCCGGGCGACGGGAGAGGUGGAGAGUUGGCGACUUCUGAGAGCGUUGGCGGCGCUGGCGCUCCUCCGACUUCUCGAGCCGAAAACUCCCCCUUUAGCUGCAGUACGAGGCAUUGGCUGUUUUUUGUUGUUGUUGUUGUUGCCGUUAUAAUUGCGACUCAACGCGAGCCCGCUGCGAAACGCCAAUAUGGGUGGGGGGGGGGGAAACAGAAACACCGCGAACAGCAACGGGACUUCGGCCGUUUCGAAUCCACACUCUGCUGCUGCUGCUGCUUGGUUUCGGGGCCGACGCAUUCCUCGGGAUUUACUGCACCGUCGAUCCGCGAGGUAUUUGCCACCGGUGCUGCUUUCAUCGCUCCCUCACCACCCCACCCACCCACCCACCCCCUCGUCCCUCCGGGACAUCUGAACUCUCGGCCCCCUUUACGUACGGCGAGCCCACACCGACGGCAUCCCGAAUAGCACAAAGUGUUACCACGCAGAGCGAUCGUGCGUUUCGGUCACCGUCGGAAAGAAAAUUUGAGAGGGAGGGAGGGAAAUAGAGAGAGAGAGAGAAUGUGUGAACGAAAAGAAUUUCACAUUGAUGAAUGUGCAUAUUUUUCAGGGUAACAGAGUGGCUUUUUGAUGCCAUACAUGAAUACCGUGCCUACAAUGAAAGACCUUUGAUUACUGAUACGCCCUAGCAUGUGUGACAAUAAUAUAAACAGGGCUACCUAUAUAUAUACAUAAUUCUAUAUUGUUAUUAAAGGCAACAAAAUAGCACACAUUUAUUAAAGCUGUGAAGCUUAUUGCACAAUUUUAUAACACGUUCAUGUUUCGAUAUAUAAUUUAAGCUGCUCAUGUGUUUUCCUUUGUGAUGUGUAUACAAAACGAAAUUAUCAUCAUAUAAUACAUGCACUACAUAUUUUAUGUCACUCGGUGAUGCAGUGUCUGUGCUGUUUAUGUCUCUCGUGUAAGAAACGUACUUGAUUAAGCACGUUGUAACAGCUGUAGUAAAAAAAAAAACGUAGCAUAUUUACAUAACGUCUAUUCGCUUUUACAUGAAACAUGUAUUCGAUUCUAUCCGUUCAGCAUUUUAGGCAAGUCGGACGUUGGCUUUAUGACAAAGCCUCAAUAAUAACAACAGCCACUGCCGCCCCAUAUGCUUACGUUGUGUUGUUAAGUGUACAAGUAAACGAGUGUCGCUCACGGGGCAACCACUGACGACCCUGAACCCGCACCGCAUCGCCCCCUUCUCCCCCCCCCCGUUCCCCUCCCGUUACACGCUCGUCUCAUCUCCACGCUUGCCAACGGAUGCAUAAGUGGCGCGCCGUGCUGCUCUGCGAGCCGCUGUGUCGACUGUCACUGCCCCUGAACAGCUGCUGCUGCGGAGGAGGAGGAGGAGGUGGAAGUGGAGUAGGAGGAACAGGGAUGCGUCCCUCCCCGAGCGUGGUGCGUGCCAAGGUUGGCUCCUAAUUGAGCAACUGCACACGCGAGCCGAGCCGCCAAGGCACGCAGUGGCAUAAACGGGGGGCAUCCUUACCCGGUUGUGUCCACGCUGUGUGGGUGGCGGAGUAGGGGGAUGGGGACGAAGGGAAAGGAAGCUGUUCUUUGGGAUUAUAUCGGGUGAAAUCCACGCGGAGUCCGCCGUGACGGAUGAUGACUUACGUGAUUAAUCUGCAGCCCCCCCUCCCUCCCCCCCGCUAGCCGAGUCGUAACUUUGAGCUGCCGGAUGAGAAUGAGGAUAACCCUUCGACCGUGCUCACAGCAAGCAAUUUCACGUUUGUCUGGCCUGGCGGGACGGUGGCAGAACGCUCCUUACUCACGGUUCGCGAGUUCAAAAUCCCCACUCGGGAUAAUGACUCAACUACAUGGUCUCUCCUGGGAGGGGGGGGGGGACUUUCACAAUGAAGUGCCACUUGGUGGGAAAUUUGUAACGGCGAAGAGUUCGACGGAGAAAACUCUCCUCCGCUGGCUCCUCGGUGCCACCGCACGGAGAUAGACACCGGCAAAGCGAUUGUUUGUGUGUUGUCGGGAUACGUCAUUGAAAAUAAUAUCUUCGGGGAUGAUACGCCUCGCCAUGCAGCCAUUAAAUCCCCCCUCAUUGGACUGCUGAUGGGUGGGGGGGGGUCCAGGUUUUAUGGAUGCAUAAUGCAAGGAGCAGUAGCCAUGUGAAACUGGCCUUCGGUGCGUGGGAGCGUACGUGUCGGGACGACGAGCGCGUGUGUGUGUGUGCGGCACGUGCAGGGAAAGCGGAAGGCGAAUAAACUCACGGGGUUUUGCAUCUCAGAUUGAAUUUGCUGCGUGUGAGAAAUUCACGCGCGAACUGUGGGUUUUCUACGACUGUGUGCGCGCGCGUGCGUGCGUGCAGGUGUGUGCGCGUGCGUGUAUGCGUGCGCGUAUGCGUGCGUGCAGGUGUGUGCGCGUGCGUGUAUGGGGAGCAGCAGUGCCGUGGUUUGCGCACUGGGCCACGAUCCCGGCGAUGGGAGUUUGAUUCCUGCUCACGACCAGUAACUGGAGAGACAUUUUCAAUAGUCCUGGACCUCCCCUAGUUUGACUCGGCCUUAAAUGAGUGCACAAACAUCGGCACUCGCCAGGCAUAUUGUCGACGACUCACCCCUUCGUGUACCGUGCCGGCCUUCAUAGGUGGUCGCUAGCAGCACUUGCCCCACCAAUCGGUUAAAGGCUAUACGGGGGAAUCUUCGUCUCUUUGUCUUGGUGUGUGUGUGCGUGCGAGGAGCAGUGGUGCAUUGAUUAGCGCACAGCACUUAGGAGCUGGCGAACCGAGUUGGAUUAAUGGCCAAGCCUCGCAUCAUUGGCGAUUAUCUGAACCGGCCCCGUGCCUCCCCUGGGUCGACUCAGCCUCAAAUGAAUACCUGGUGUGGAGGUAUAAAAACAAUUAUCAGCACUGGGGUGACAAAGGCGGCCGGGCGUGGUGCUGAACACGCCACUUCCUGCUGUGCCGUGUUGGCCUUCGUAGGCGCUCGCUAACAGAGCCCCCCCCCCCCCCCCCCCCAACGACCUGUGGAGACUACAUUGGGGGAUCUUUGUCAUCAAAAUAAGUGUAUGCGAAUGUCCAGCGCGUAUAUAGCUUCGUCAUUUGCACGUGCAGUACAAGUAUAAUGACAUGCAGUAUAUACGGACAUGCAUAUGAAUAAAGCAGCCACUGAAAUAUACAAACACGCACACACGCGCACGCACACGCGCGCGCACAUCUCCCACUCCCUGUAAGUAAAGCUAUGCUUCGAAAGGCUUAGCCGCAGCCUUUCUAUUGUCAACGCGUUGUUUGCACUGUGAUCCUGCGCCACGCAAGCCGAUCAUUUUCUUUGACGGUUCGUGGCUAAAAUAAGCGAAAAAUGUCAGCUUCUGUUUUUGUUUGUUCGCCACCACCGCGAGCUCUGGGUGCCUCUUCGCUUUUCCGAUUACGCAUCACUGAGAACGCGGGCGCCAAAGAAGCAGUCUCUUGGUCGAAUCUUCUUUUAUUCAUGAACUCCAAAACAAGGUCACGGCGCAACAAAA